GAGCAGGCUGGUGAUGCCAGACGCCUGACAGGAGGCGGACCAAGAGGCCAGCUGUCUGUCUCUCUCUCUCUCUCCUCAGUCAGCCCCGCACUUGGGUCCGGCGCCCUCACCUGCUCCUCGGGGGGCAGCUGCCUCCUGCACCUCUGGCCAUGCGGCAGCUAUGGUCGCUGGCCAUCUCUCUCGCCGUGGUACUGGCCGCGGGGCUGAUCAGGGUCUCCGGGGGUGCCAAGGCCCUGGAGCCACAGAACCGGUCCAAGAGAGGCACAGAGGACGAUGAGGCCAAGGGGGUUCAGCAAUAUGUGCCUGAGGAGUGGGCCGAGUACCCCCGGCCCAUGCACCCCGCUGGCCUGCAGCCCACCAAGCCCUUGGUGGCCACCAGCCCCGACCCAGACAAGGAUGGGGGCACGGCAGGCAGCGGCCAGGAGCCCCGGGCCAAUCUGACAGGGAUGCCUGGCCAGAGGCUGCAGAUUCAGAACCCCCUGUACCCGGUAACCGAGAGCUCCUACGGGGCGUACGCCAUCAUGCUCCUGGCCCUGGUGGUGUUCGCCGUGGGCAUCGUGGGAAACCUGUCGGUCAUGUGCGUCGUGUGGCACAGCUACUACCUGAAGAGUGCCUGGAACUCCAUCCUGGCCAGCGUGGCCCUCUGGGAUUUUCUGGUCCUCUUUUUCUGCCUCCCUGUGGUCAUCUUCAAUGAGCUUACCAAGCAGAGGUUGCUGGGUGACGCCUCUUGCAGGGCCGUGCCCUUCAUGGAGGUCACCUCGCUGGGAGUCACCACCUUCAGCCUCUGCGCCCUGGGCAUCGACCGCUUCCACGUAGCCACCAGCACCCUGCCCAAGGUGAGGCCCAUCGAGCGGUGCCAGUCCAUCGUGGCCAAGCUGGCCGUCAUCUGGGUGGGCUCCAUGAUCCUGGCCGUGCCCGAGCUCCUGCUGUGGCAGCUGUCACAGGAGCCCUCCGCCACCGCGGGCACGCUGGACUCGUGCAUCAUGAAGCCGUCGGCCAGCCUGCCCGAGUCGCUCUACUCGCUGGUGAUGACCUACCAGAACGCCCGCAUGUGGUGGUACUUCGGCUGCUACUUCUGCCUGCCCAUCCUCUUCACCGUCACCUGCCAGCUGGUGACGUGGCGGGUGCGGGGCCCUCCGGGGAGGAAGCCCGAGUGCCGGGCCGGCAAACACGAGCAGUGCGAGAGCCAGCUCAGCAGUACCUUGGUGGGCCUGACGGUGGUCUACGCCCUCUGCACGCUCCCCGAGAACGUCUGCAACAUCGUGGUGGCCUACCUGUCCACGGAGCUGACGCGCCAGACCCUGGACCUCCUGGGCCUCAUCAACCAGUUCUCCACCUUCUUCAAGGGAGCCAUCACGCCCGUGCUCCUGCUGUGCCUCUGCAGGCCGCUGGGCCGGGCCUUCCUGGGCUGCUGCUGCUGCUGCUGCGGGCACUGCGACGGCCCGGAGGCCUCAGCCGCCGGCGGCUCGGACAGCAAGCUCAAGACCGAGAUGCCUUCCUCCAUCUACUUCCACAAGCCCAGGGAGUCGCCCCCGCUCCUGCCCCUGGGCACACCUUGCUGAGGCCAGGCUCCAGCUGGGGGGAGGAUGGGAGCAGGGGCACGGAGGGGCGGGGAGGGUGCCCCCCCCCACAGCCUGGGUCUGGUGUUUCUGUCCCCAGAGGUCUUGCUUCUCGGCCGUCUUGCCGACUAGAGGUGGACUUCGUUCCUCUUGCUGGGGUUCGGUUUCAGGUAUGGCAAAGCCCCCUCCCCCAGCAGGAUCUUCCCUGUCACUCUCUGGGGGCUUCCAAACCCUGUUCCAAACCCGCUCGCAGCGGGUGGGUGGUGAUGCUUCCGGGUCCUUAGAACUGCCUAGAAACUCUUAGUCCCCCACCAGCUGGGAGCUAGAACUUCACCUUUCUCUGUCGUGGAAUCUGCUAGACUUUAGUUAGGCCCUCUCUAAGUAGUGUCUCCCUGACACUCAUCCAUCCUAGAAUACAGGACCUUUGGGGGCCAGGCCUACCUGGGUCUUCUCUGGACCAGAUCUCCCUAGUCUUGGACACCUCCUCUCCCUCCUGUCAACCGCCCCUCACCCCCCCACUUCCAGAGGAUUUCUCUCUCCCUCCUCUUCCUCCUUUGACCUAUCCUGGGUUGUGCUGUCCCCACCUCCCUUGGUAGGUCCCCCCCUAUAGCAGGCCCUCCUUCACAAACAAUAAACUAGGUAGAACUAUCCCUGUGCCCACUGGAGUUUCUUGUGCCACACCCUGACAGUGCCCAGAGGCACCUGGCCCUUCUCCAGGACAGGUGGGACCCUAGGGGGAUUCCUCCUGGCCCCUUUGACCUGGCCCCUUUGUCUGGCCUGUGGCUGAUAUCCUCCCCAGCCCUACAGCUUUAUGGCUUUUGAGGGGCAGAGUGGAAGGAGGGCUUGGGAAGUGAAGACCAAGUCUUCAUCCUGACACAAACCCGAGCAUCCUUGGGAAGUCAAAAGGCUGCAAACUUGUCUCUUCUGAAGCCCUGCUCUCUGCUCCUGGCUCUCCACCAAGUCCCCAUUUUAGAGAACCCCGCAGCCCUCCUUCCCUGAGCCCAGGGGGUCCAGCCUCUGACUCUGAGAGCUGCUCUUAUUCAGUUUCUUAGAACAGACUGUUUCGCCUGCAGACGGCCCAGCUGCUUGUUCCCCGUCUGCCCCAACCCCGCCCCCAUCGCACCCCCUUCCUGGCAGCCAGAGCUCCAUCCUGUGCCCCCAGAGGCCCUCCAGGUCCUCCUGCCCGUCCGGCCCCGGGUAUCCCGCUUCUGCCGGGUUCCCCCUCUGGGGCCCUUCCAAACGCCCCCUUAACCCUGUCUGGGCCCAGAGAAGCAGGCCCAAGGUCAACCAGAAGGGGCACCUUGGCCUAAUCACUCCCUGCCUUCUACCUUCUGAGCCCAGCUUCCGUCAGAACCACCCUUCCCAGUGCAAAGCGCCGCUCUGGGUCGCACCAGCAACUUCUGCCUGCCAGAUCUACCUAGAACCUCUGCAGGGGGCCUCGGAAGGGUCCCAGGGACCCAGCAUGAUGAGGGACAGUGGUUGCUGAGGGCACUGGGCCCCAUUCUUCUCUGUCCACCCCACCCACACCCCUUGGCCUCAGCCCAGCCCGGACCCAAGCCUCCUUCCCCCCUCUCUUGGGGAUCUUAAUGGCCUUGUUCUCUCUUCCUGGCACCCACCCCCAGGACGGGUGACGCCAAGAGAGAGGGAGGCCGUUGCUAAGUGAUGAGGCUGCCAUGUGCACACUCUUUGUGCUGGAGAAUGACACCCACCCAUUUCUCAGCAGACCUGUUGCCACAGUGACUGAAGCCCUCAGCUUUGUCUGGAGAAACUUGAGAUGGGUGGGUGGGGGGCAGGCUGGAGAGGGGGCCAGGCUUACGCCACUGAGGUUACCGGGGCCAUCUCCCCCACACCCCCACCUCCCUCUCUGCCCCAGUCCCACCCCCAGUCCUAGCCACUCCAGGAGCUUCCUAUGGGAUGGGGGGGGACAGGGUGAACUGAGGUGAAGUCUGGCACUGGGAGAGGCCUGAGGAUGGAAGCCUGAGGGAAGGGGAGGAGGGGGCGCCUCAGCAUCCUGUUUGUGGAGGCCUUUUCCAUAGAGGGCACCCCCAUACCCCUGCCUCUCCCCGCUUCUGGUUGGCCAGCUCAGAGCUGAAGCGGGGGGAUGGUGUCUCCGAGGCCCUGCCACCACUGCGCCUCCCAGGCCUGCCAACGUGAAUGGCUUGCAAGAUCAGUCAGCAGCCCAGCAGGGCCUUGGGAAAGAGCCACUGUCCCUCCAGCCUGGGCCAGCUGGGGGAACAAUGUGGCAUUUGUUGCUUAGGGGUCCCAGGCUUGGAAUGGGGGGGCAGGUUGGCACAGCAGUGGGCGGUGUAUUUGAGCUAGGAUGCUCAGAGGCAGGGCGGACAUUCUCCCACCCCCUUAGGGCAGGCUUUAGACCAGCUCCCAGCCCCUGAUGCAACCCACCUAGCCUCGCCCCUCAGCUGGGAGUGCAGAGCAGAGAGCACGUGCACUUAGCGGGGAGAGUCACCUCCCUCCGACCAGACUGGACGCGGUUAUGAGCCUCUCAGUUUCCUCAUCUGUAAAACGGGAACAAACCCUCUCUCCCGGAGGACUACAGUCAUUAAAUGGGACAAGAUAUAUAAAGCA